CAAAAUCUGGGCUUGAAACAGGACAGACGAUUAUUGCGUUCAGACUGACAGUAAAGAGUAUUUAUAACUGACGGAAAUCAGUUUAGCCGAGGAACUCGAAUAUCUUUGGCUAUUACGUGGCCUGCUGUACUCGGUACAGGGAGCCGGAGAUUUCCCAAAAAUAGUAGAGAUGACUACAGGGAGGGGCUGACACGUCCAGGUGGGUCCACUCACUCACCUCUGUGUGUUUGUCAAUAAAGACUAUCGGAGAUCAGGCAAUGGAGUACAUAGUUAUUGCGCAGAGUGUGCUGUCCUGACGCGGAUUUUGACCUGGCGUACGAUACGGCAGCAGCAAAAUCGGUUGCACAAACAUUUCUCGCCAGUAAAGCCGGGCGCUGUCCAGGGUGCUGAAAGAGGGAUCGCUCCGUACAUUGUAAACAGUAAGAACUGAUCCAGUCCCGACACACACUGACAGUACAAACAGUAAACCACCUUUUGUAACUGCUUUCCAGUUUCGCUCACUUUUAUUUUAGUGUAGUCCUGGGCGACUGCUCACUGGGAGAGUCAGGUCAGUGUAUUUGCCCCAAGCAGGAAUUGACAAAUGACGGUCGGGGCGGCCUUGAAUUGUGCGCUAGAAGAUCAUUUUGAAGGAAGGUUAUGAUUCUCCCGGAGUCCCGCUGACUACUUCAGAUGGAAGGAUAUUUGCUGCGACAGUAACAUGCCAUCAACUUUUUGGUUUCUAGCCAUACUUUCUGCGCUUCUCAUUGCUUUGUUUAGUCAACUGGCUGUGGGUACAUGUGAAAUAGUUACCUUGGACAGAGAUAGUAGUCAACCACGGAGAACAAUAGCCAGACAAACUGCACGAUGUGCCUGUAGGAGAGGACAGAUUGCUGGCACAACGAGAGCCAAGCCAGCCUGUGUGGAUGUACGAGUUGUAAAGAGCAAGCAGUGGUGUGAAAUGAUCCCCUGUUCAGAAGGAGAAAUCUGUGGCUUAUUAAUGAACAAGUCAGGCUGGACCUGUACACAACCAGGUGGUCGAAUAAAGACAAUAACGCCUAUCCAAGGAGACGAUAUAUGGCUGCAAACGAGGGGUAGCACGUGUGAAGUCAUAAUGCUCCCAGAAUCCUGAGUGUCAGGUUUCCUGACACACGCAAAGGAGAAAUCUUUGCCUGGGCAGCUUAUCCUGUAUGUGCCACUUAUCUCAAAAAAAAUGAUUUCGCUGCUGUGAGUCUCCAUCUGUUGUCUGUCACUCUGUACGUUCAUGCUACAUUGUGGGAUCAAUGUUUUCUCCAGCAUGAGAUUAAGCCUGACCUGCCCAGCUGUUAAGUACACAAGCCCUGCAGGAACUGAGGUAACUUCUCCCCUUAUGGACCGAUGCUGUCCAGUGACUAUAUCUGGUGAAAUCUGUCUUGCAGAUAGUCUAACUAUUUCCACUUUGGGUCCCUUCGUAAAAACUGAAUCUUUUUCAAGUCAAACAUCAAGGAAAAUGUGAAAUAUUAGUUCAGUGAACAAGCAAGAUAUCAGCAUGAUGAGAAUUCAUCCGCCUUUUCCUCCAAGACUUCUAACUAAUGACCAAAGAAUGAAAGACCUGUGCAGCUGAUGAAAGAAAUUAUAUUGUUUGAGACCCCUUCAAUAAUUAUAAUCUGCUGGAGUUAUCAUUGAAAGAUCUGCCACACCUCUGGAGGAAAAGAAAAUGCUCUUCAGACAAUGGAGAUACAAUUACAGUGGUGUAGCCAAUAUUUCAUUCUUUAUGGCAAUGCUGAAGCUGGGAUUUGGAAUGGCUUAAUUACCUUAAAGAACUAAAUAGCACAUGAACAUAAAACAAUGAUGGCGGAAUUGCACUAGCAUAAAAGGACCUCUCGUGUUCUGAGGCAUGUGCUCAUGCAUUUUUGUAACAUCCUGUGGGUUUUGUGCUCUAAGUUGUCCUAUCAUACUACUGCAGAGCAUUAGGUAAGCUCUAAUCUGUUUGUUCAGGCCUGUGAUCUAUUAGACACAUUGCAGAAUCCAAUAACUUGAGCAUACUUAAACAAUGGCAUUUUUCAGUUUUGAAUGUGGCAUUCAAAACAAGUCACCAUUCAGUGUGUUUAGAGAAAGAAUCUUAAUUUAUAAACCUCUAACAGAUUUUGUAUGUUGUAUCUUUGUAGGAAACCUAUUUAACUGUGUACGUGCUCAUCAUGUAAGACCUGCAAUGCCAUGAUGGAAAGCUGUGAUGUGAAUAGAGUACAUCUCAUGCUGCCAAAUAAAGCUGUUACU